AUGCUUGAGAAGGUUGCAUUUAAAGAUUCCAAAGUUGCCUUGACGUUGAUGGUUGAACGACCCAUGUUGACUCCAGAUCCUGAUGGAGAAUCCAUAGAUCAAAAAGAGUAUAGAUCGAUGAUCGGAUCCAUGAUGUAUCUGACUGCGAGCAGACCCGACAUCAUGUUCACAGUUUGUCAAUGUGCACGUUAUCAGGCUAAUCCUAAACUCUCUCAUUUAACUGUUGUCAAAAAAAAAUUUAGGUAUCUCAAAGGUAGCCCAAAACUUGGUCUUGGGUAUCCUAAAAAUCCUCAUUUUGAUUUAUAUGCAUUUGCUGACAACAAUUAUGGAGGUUGUGAACUUGACAGGAAAUCAACGUCAGGGGGAUGUCAAUUCCUAGGAGACCGUUUAGUGUCGUGGCAAUGCAAGAAACACCAAACUGUCUCAACCUCAAUAACUGAAGUUGAAUACGUUGUUGCCUUUGCCUGUUGCUCUCACGUUAUCUGGAUUCAACAUCAGCUGUUGGAUUACGGUUUGAAUUUUCUUGAAACCCCUAUCGUUUCUCUUGCAGCAGUGAUCCUUAGUAUCCUCCCGUCUGCGUCGGAGUUCUUUAUUAUUGGACAAUCCCUUUUGAUGUGUCCCGUCUCACCGCACUGA